AUGCCAUCUCAUUUUGAUACUUUACAACUACAUGCUGGACAAGAAGUUGAAGGACCUCACAACGCCAGAGCUACACCAAUUUAUGCCACAACUUCUUAUGCUUUCAAUAAUUCAGAACACGGUGCCAACUUGUUCGGUUUAAGAGAAAAAGGUUUCAUUUAUUCAAGAUUAAACAAUCCAACCACUGAUGUUUUUGAAAAGAGAAUUGCUGCUUUAGAAAAUGGUGCUGCUGCUUUAGCUGUUUCUUCAGGCCAAGCUGCUCAAUUUACAGCUAUCACAGCUUUAGCUCACGCUGGUGAUAACAUCAUCUCAACUUCAUAUUUGUAUGGUGGUACAUAUAAUCAAUUCAAAGUUGCAUUCAAAAGAUUAGGUAUUGAAGCUAGAUUUGUUAAAGAUGGUGAUAAUGCUGAAGAUUUUGAAAAAUUAUUUGAUGAAAAGACUAAAGCUGUUUACUUAGAAUCAAUUGGUAACCCAAAAUACAACAUUCCAGAUUUUGAAAAAAUCGCAGCUGUUGCUCAUAAACACGGUAUCCCUGUUGUUGUUGAUAAUACUUUUGGUGCUGGUGGUUAUUUUGUCAAACCAAUUGAUCACGGUGCUGAUAUUGUUGUCCACUCAGCAACUAAAUGGAUUGGUGGUCACGGUACCACUAUUGCAGGUGUUGUUGUUGAUUCAGGUAAAUUCCCUUGGGCUGAUUAUCCUCAAAAAUACCCACAAUUUUCAGAACCUUCAGAAGGUUAUCAUGGUUUAGUCUUCAAUGAAGCUUUUGGUAACUUAGCUUUUAUUGGUCACGCCAGAGUUGAAAUCUUGAGAGAUUUAGGUCCUUCAAUCAAUCCAUUUGCCUCAUUCUUAUUACUUCAAGGUUUAGAAACUUUAUCAUUAAGAGUUGAAAGACAAGCUGAAAACACAUUCAAAUUAGCUAAAUAUUUAUCAGAAUCUCCAUAUGUUUCAUGGGUCUCAUAUCCAGGUUUAGAAAAUCAUCCGUAUCAUGAAAAUGCUAAAAAAUAUUUGACAAAUGGUUUUGGUGCUGUUUUAUCAUUUGGUGUUAAACCUUUACCAAAUCAAGAUCAACAAACUGAUGUUUUCAAACAUGCUGGUCCACAAGUUGCUGAUAACUUAAAAAUUGCAUCUAAUUUAGCCAAUGUUGGUGAUUCAAAAACCUUAGUGAUUGCCCCAUACUAUACCACACAUGAACAAUUAAAUCAUGAAGAAAAAAUUGCUUCAGGUGUUACAGAAGAUUUGAUUAGAGUUUCUGUUGGUACUGAAUUCAUUGAUGAUAUUCUUGAAGAUUUCGAACAAUCUUUCAAAACUGUUUUCGGUCAAUAG